AUGUCCUAUAGUAAAAAACAUGUUAAUGAUAAUUCAACGACUAAUCACACUGCAGGCGCAGUUAAUACACAUACAUUUCAUUCCAAUGAAAUUGUUCUAAUUGCACCUCCCAAUUCAGUCUAUGAAUAUAUUCCAAAACGUAUCGAAUCAUUUGCCACUUGGCCAAAUGGGCCUCUACCCACUAUUGAUGACUUCGUUCGUGCAGGAUUCUUUUAUACUGGUAAUGGUUCAAUUGUUACUUGCUUUUACUGUCGUAGUUCUCUUCACAACUGGAAUGCCAAUCAUGAUCCAAUGAUUGAACAUGUCAGAUGGUUUCCACAUUGUGCGUACGCUAAACAACUCUGUGGAGAUGUCCUUCAUCGAACAAUUCAAGAAUCGACACGAGAUGCACAAAGACUCACUCGAACCAAUAAUCCAACAAAAAAUGUCGACUUUGAAUCUGAAGGUGAUCUAUUAGUGGCUUAUAUUGUUCUUCAAAACCAAAUGAUUCAUAUCGACAAAAGAAAAGAACAUAUUAUCAUUCCUGCUGAAAAAAUGCGUGAAAUUCAUGAAAGACAACAACAACAAUCAGGAGUAACUCGUGCUAGUGUAACAUCGAUUUCGGCUCCAGUGACAGCAAUGCCAACAAAUGCAUUGAACACUGCUGAAGUCGGAAUAAGUGUAAUACCAGAAUCAUCGAUGGAUCAACAGAUGUCAAUAGAAUUAACGCCCGUGACUCUAUGUGCAGUCUGCAUAAAGGAAGAAAGAUGUCUCGCUUUCAUUCCGUGUGGUCAUAUGGGUACUUGUCUUUCAUGUGCUCAUUUACUUAAGUCAUGCCAUAUAUGCGGACGAAUAAUUGAAGCGUUUGUUCGUAUAUAUAUUUGA